UUUAUGAAAAUAAAACAGAGUACUAUUUAAUGUAUAACAAAUCAGUAACAUUCUUUACAUUAGAAUAAUAAUCUGUUAAAUAAAAAAUUAUGGACUCAUUUUUAUUUUAAAUUAAUAAUAGUAAUUAUUGUAAUAAAUUACUCCAUAAAAUACAAAUGCAUCAGUCUGGAAAACACACACAUGUAGCUGCCGGCUGGUGGCUGCUGCUUCUUCUCCGCUCCGCUCCUCCCUUAUCGGAUCUCGCAUUCCUUUGUUCUUCACGAGGAAAUUGUUAUGAAGGAUCGUUACAGAGAGUGGGAAAAUCCACCGUUUCCCUAAAUUCGAAUCAUGUUCAGGAUCAUUAAAAGAGGGAAGAAGGGUUCUUCGAAAUCGGAUGCUGCGGAUAAUUCAAUACCCUCCUCCGGCGCAUCUCCUGAUGUGGUUUGCAAUCACGCUUCCCGUAUUGCUUCUGAUUCCGCGGCAGUCAAUAACGCCGCUUCUGGAUUGGCUGACUCGCCCUCGCAGGCUGUGCCGCGUUUGGCAAAUGCUCCUCCUAACCCUGGGGUUGAAAUUCUGCCUAUGUUGAAGGAGGUCCCGCCCUCCCAACGUCAUUCCCUCUUCGUCCGCAAGCUCCAAAUCUGUUGCUUGCAAUUCAACUUCACGGACACCAUGAAAUCCGCCCGAGAAAAGGAGAUCAAGCGGCAAACCCUCUCAGAGCUCAUUGAUUUAGUCCACACCGGAUCGUGUAAGAUGACUGAGCUUAUGCAAGAGGAUAUGGUUUCGAUGAUUUCGGCCAACAUUUUCCGCUGCUUCCCCCCUGCACCCCACCAGGGUGCUGGGGGUGAGGGUGGGGGUGACCCCGAGGAGGAUGACAUGUUCCAAGACCCUUCAUGGCCUCAUUUACAACUUGUGUAUGAGCUUCUCUUGAGAUACGUGUUGUCAGCCGAUAUCGACACCAAGAUCGCCAAACGAUAUCUGGACCAUACAUUUCUUCUUAAGCUGAUCGACUUGUUUGACUCUGAAGACACCAGAGAACGGGAGUAUUUGAAGACUGUUCUUCACCGUAUAUACGGCAAGUUCAUGGUCCACCGCCCCUUCAUAAGAAAGGCCAUAAACAAUAUCUUUUACAAGUUUAUAUUUGAGACAGAGAGACAUAACGGGAUUGGCGAGCUAUUGGAGAUUCUUGGGAGUAUAAUAAACGGAUUUGCGGUUCCUAUGAAAGAAGAGCACAAGUUGUUUCUCAUUCGAGCGUUAAUUCCACUCCACAAGGCCAAAUGCAUGUCUGACUAUCAUCACCAGCUGGCGUAUUGCACUGUACAGUAUGUUGAGAAAGAUUAUAGAUUGGCGGGUGUGGUUAUUAAGGGACUGCUUAAGUACUGGCCUGUUACUAAUUGCGGGAAGGAAGUUCUGUUUAUUGGGGAGCUUGAAGAAGUUCUUGAAGCUACACAGCCUGCUGAGUUUCAUCGUUGUAUGGUUCCUCUUUUCAAACAAAUUGGACGUAGCCUUAAUAGCUCCCAUUUCCAGGUUGCGGAGAGGGCUCUGUUCUUAUGGAACAAUGAGCAUAUAGUAGAAUUGAUUGCACUAAACCGGCAUGCUAUUUUACCAAUCAUCUUUCAAGCAUUAGAGAGAAAUAUCAGGUCUCACUGGAACCAAGCAGUCCAUGGGCUGACCUCCAAUGUCAGGAAAAUGUUCUUGGAGAUGGAUGCCGAGCUAUUUGAGGAGUGUCAACGUGAGUAUGAUGAAAAAGAAGCCAUUGCUGGGGACUUGUUAGAGAAGCGUGAGCAAACAUGGAAGAGAUUGGAAGAAGAUGCUGCUAAACAGGCUGCCGGGGGAUAACAACAAUAAUUUUGCUUUUUUCUUUUUAAAUUUUUUCGGGUUGAGCUCAAUCUUUUUUCUUCCAUUCUCGUAGUCAUACUACUUCUGGAAGGUAUGGAUAUUGUUUUUAUCAACCGCCCAUGACCUUCAUGAAAAAGUUUCUCCUUCAGUGUCUUCUAGCAUUCUUUAACACUUUUGGACAAAAAUAAUUAUGUGAUUGACCCCAAUCCCUGAUAUGUCAUCAAAGAGAUGAGUAUCAGUUCCCCCCUCAUUGACGAAUUGAAAUGUAACCAUUUUACUUUAAUCUGGCG